AUGCCGUCGUCGCUGGCAACUCCAGCCACCCCAGUCUCCUGGCUCGUCGAGGAGUUCGGAGGGGCUACGAGCUCCCGUGCGACGACGCCCUCGCCGCGCCCCGUGUCUCCAAAGCGCAGCGCCUCAGCACCCAACUCGGCGCGAGUGCGCCCGAACUCUGGAGCAGCGCUGCGCCAAUUCCGUGCCGAGCUCUUGCGCCGAGAAGGUACUUUUGCUGCUGGCUGGAGAAGAAUCUUGGACAGCUCUGCAACGGGCUUUGUGACGCAUGCAGAGUUCUGUGAAGCGUGUCGCCGAAUGAACUAUCGUGGCAAUAUCCGUGACGCCUGGCAUGAACUGGAUGCUGACGGGUCCGGCAAGGCCACGAUCUGCGAGCUCGAUUGGCCCACUGCCGAGGCGCUCGGGAAGUUUACCACCGCUCUCGCUUCGCGCUUUGGUGGCGUGGACCAGGCCGCGAAAUCCUGGGGCCUGCGUGGCGGCCGGCGGCUCCGAAAGGAGGAGUUCCGGUCCCUGGUCUCGGGCAUCCUGGAGGCACGCGAGGCUGACAGUAUCUUUCGAAUGAUCUGCUGCCACGACACGUUGGCCAGGCCGUCCGUCCGUGCCGAGGACCUGCGCUGGCUCCAACAACUGAGCCCGUCCCUGCCUCGCGUUGCCGCGAAUCGCGUCGAACCCGGGAUGCUUGCGGCCGAGCAGCUAAACGAGCUGGCCUUCCAGACACCGGGCGAGGUUCCAUCAGAAGCAGUUGGUGAACCAUCCGGCCCAGUGGCUCCCUUAGAGCCGGGCGAGACAAGCCCCAGGACUCCGAGGACUCCGAGAAGUGCCUCGCAGCCUCUGACGAAGCGUCAGGAGCCGGGGGACGAAGGGUUCAUGCGGUUGACCAGAGAGGACCUCUACAACCGGCUCUAUCGUGAGGCGAAGGACUUCCACAAGAGAAAGCAGGAGAAGCACGAGAAGGAGGGCCUCUUUAAGAAGCCAGAGCCCAACCUGUCCGCAGCGCAGACCGGAAGCACGGCAUACUUCAAGCGCCUCUACAACAAGGGGCUCCUUCAAAAGGCGCAGCAGGAGGAGAGGCGGCAGAGACUGGAGAGGGAAGCUGACGAGCACUUCCGGAAGCCUCGACAGCCCCGGAGGGACGUCCCUUCCUGGCUGCACAAAGCGAAUCCGGAGCUCUCGGCAAAGCUACAGGAGCCGGUGUGGACGAGGUUGCAGAAGCCUCGCGAACCCAAAAAGGAGGAGCCCACGCCUGUGGCGACGCCGCGACACCUUACUGUCGAAUCCGUCUCGACUGCAGCGUGCCGAGCUGAUGUGGCAGCCGCGGCAGCGGAUCGCCUAUACUCGCAAGCCCAGAAAAGAAAGGAGCGGCAGAGGAAGAAGAAGGAUGCCGAGGAUGGGCUGCAGGCCAUCAAGGAAAAGAAAGAGAAGGAAGUCAAGCUCACCAAGGAGCGCCAGAAUGAUCUCGUCCUGCGGCUGCAUAACUACGGUCAGGAGAAGCAGAAGGAGGCGAUGGAGAAGCGCGAGGAAGCCAGAAAGGCGGCCGAGGAGGAAGUCCGGCAGCUCGCAGACCGCCGCCGCGGAAAGAGCAACAAGGUGCGACCAGAGACUUUCUUCCGCCUGCAUCUCGAAUCUUGGCCCACUUCGAUAUCUAGAUACAUCGGGCAAGACACGGUCGAAGACUGCUGCUGCUCCUCCUUCCUGAGCUUCUGUCUGGAGUUAAAGUCGCAGACACCAGCCUUGAACAUCGCAGCACUUCUCCGAGGAUGGGUUGCAGAGGCCCAGCGACGUCACGUGCGGGAAGAGGCUUUAGCCGAGCGUCGCAAGAUGAAGGAGAUGGAAGAGGUCGGCAAGACGCUGGAGGCAGAGGAAGCCGAGGCCGAGGCAGCCUCGGACGAAGGCUCCGAGCACUUCGACACCGAAGUCGAGCAGGCCAACCUCGAUCUAAGCGCCUGGAAGCUCUCUCAGGGCCCGCGGUCACCAGAUGAUGGAGGCGGCGAAGACGGUCCAGAUCCAAGGUCAAGGGAGCCAUCCGAUCGCCGCAAAAGCAACGAGGAGGAUCGAGCAUCGACUUUGCAGGAGCUCCGAGAGGUAAGGCGCAGCCGGCUGGCGAUGCACGACUGGAUGGAGACGCAGAAGCGUGAGCUGAAGGCUGGCGACGAUCGCUUCAGGACUCCGCCCGGUGCCAGCAUCGCUCCUGCUGAGAGGCCUGCCGACUCGCCUUCUCUGGAAGGUGGGCCGGAGGGCGACGAGAGGGCCCUGCAAGCGCUGCUGCAAAGGAGACCCGGCUCGGUGCCAGGUGGCAAGCGCCGUUCCGUUGCAGCAACCCUGCUCUCGAAGGAGCUCUUCGGCUCUGACGACGAGAAGGAUGAGCCGCUCCCCUCGCAGUCUUCGCACGACGCCGAUCCUUUCUGGGGUGCCGUGUCAGACAUCGUCUCCUGGAAGCGCAAGGCUGCGAACCACCUCCCUCUAGAAAACGCCGAGGAUGUGAUGGGCAAACGAGACGUGACGCAGCAUCGCGAUUCCUUGCGUAUUUUGAUAUAUAAAUCCUGGAUGACCCGGAUUCCGGAUCCCAGCUUCAAGGAUCUACAGCAGCAGAUUUUGCAUGGUGGCGACGAGAUGAGUGAAGCAGAGAUGCGCAAGCGUGCUUGCUUGGUUAAUGCCCGCCAGCGUGGAUGUCCGGAGGCGCAGUGCGGAUUGCCUGCAGGGCUCCUGGUCUGGCUCAUUUUCAAUCGUCUACCCAAUGUUAAGUUACUUGCGCGGGAGUGGUUCACUGGACGUAAACGAAGUGUGUUUUGCCGUCCAGAAUGCACCACCACACCGUGGGUGGUCUGCCAGCUGGACGUGGCCAGUCUGAGUACUCAUUUGCAAUGGUAUGGAGAGGGGUUGCGUGCUUACGCUCAGCUGCCGUGCGCAGGGGCAACUUUGGCCAACCAGACCAUUCAGCGGGAGGUGGCGGUGCCCUUUGCAGGGGUGCAGAUCAAGGAUCCUGGCAUGCAGAAGAGCUCCGGCGAGAUACCUUGUCGAGCUCGGGUAGAUGGUCUGCAGCCAGGAACCAGGUACUCGUUCGUCUUGGCCGCAACGAAUGCCCUUGGCACAGGCUGCUGGUCGACGCUCUCUACGCCGCUGGCGACCCCUCCUGCAGCCCCUGCCCCUCCGGUCAGUGCAGUUGCUACGGUGAGCGUCGAUGCGGAGCAGCAAGUCGUGGUGACCGUCAGUUGGGAGUGCUGCGAGGAGCCCGGAAGUGGCGCUCUCGCAGCCUUCGAAGUGCAGCUUGUACCUGCAGAGCUCCAGCAUGUCCGCCCAGCGUCUGACAGGCGCCUUCUCUGCGAGCGCAUCGCGGCGCAGAACAUGCGGGCAGGGCAGAGGAUCUGCUGGGCCAAAGCUCUUGCAGCUCCAGGCUACUACCUCGUCGAGGUGACUGCAGAAAACAUUGCAGGACAGAGAAGCGCAGCUGCGGUACUGACGCUGGAGGUACGCCCAGAGGUCUUUCCGCCCUCCAUUGCAGAGCUCAUUCCGCCAGUGCCAAGCUGGAGUGAGGAGUCGCUGCUGGUUUUGGGCCCUGCAGCUUCCUCGGCCCAGCGCUUUGCGGACCUGGACUCGAGCACAUGGCUUCAGACGCUGCUUCUCUGGAGAGAUCGUGACACACCCGCCCAGGCUCGUGGAGUCCAGCGGCUCUCUUCUGGGACUCUUCCAUCCUCCAUAGACGUCCUCUGCUUCUUCCGGCGUCCAGGUUCCGGACAGGUCUUCCGGGCUGUUCUCGCAGCCCAGGUGACGACCAGCCGGUUGCAGGUGGCUUUGCCGCCUCAUGUCCCGAUGUCUCUGCGACUCGCUGUCAACAUAGAUCCCACCGUGGCGGCCCAUGUGUCAGGUGGUCAGGUGAUGAGCGAGCCACUGGUGGUCUUGAUGUCCGAAGACGGUGAGCGGCUGCGGCCGACCUGGGAGAUCUGGUCCAGGCCUGCCACGGCAGCACGACAAGCGCCCAGGUGGACGAGCUUGCCACAGGAGCUCAUUGAGAGCAUUGAAGCUGCUUGGCUCGAGGGUCACCCCAAGGUGGCUCUGCAACUUCCGCACGCCCUUGAAGGUGGCAUGCCCGAGGGCAGCUACGAGUUGACUUUCGGGGACGAGCGGCAGACACAGAGCCUGGUGCGGAAAUUGGGCCCAGGCGGUUGGACUGCGAAGGCCCGGCGCGUAGUGCUGGACAGUGAGGGCGAAGACCAGGCAGCACCAUCGGCGCCGGCCGAGGAGCUUUGUGUAGUCUGCUUGGAGCGCAAGCGGACCCAGCCGCACCGUGCUCGCUUUCCCCUGGAAGGUGAGAACGUGUCCAAUCUGCCGCCGCGGCUUCAGCGCUUUGCAGCGAGCCCCGCGCACACCGGACAUGUUCUCACUUGGCCAGGCACGGAGGUGGCCACCGUGUUAAGCCACUGCCUCCUUCACGACUUGGACCUGCUUCGGGACACAGUCAUUGCCAUGAAGGACUCGCUUCUCCAGCCGAUUCAGCAAGGAUCUGUCGGUGUUCAUGCCGGCGGCGUCCUUGCUGGGUUAUGCAUGACCAAGAGACUCAGACAGGCUGGAGAUCGUACAAAGGACCGACGCCGUCCGAUUGUAACAGCAUCUGAUCAUCCCGGCAACGCCAAUCAGAACUUGUGCGGGAUGCCUGAGCUGCCAACUCGCGCCGAGUUCAUUCAGAAGCAUGUGCACCAAUCGCUACACUCAGAGAUCUACCACUUGUCCGACCUGGAGUUGAAUAGCCUUGGGAAGCACCCCUUUGCAGACCAGGGCACGCUGAUAGACCGCCUCAAGGGUUCGGAAGCCUUGGGGGCGCGUUGCUUCUGCAUGAGUCGUGAGCAGUUUGUUCAGAAGAAGAUCUGCGAUGACCUUCGGAAAGCUGUGAGCUCCUUCUCCGACCAAGAGCUCUUGAAUCUGAGCCGUGAGGAUCGACAUAGCAAGCAGGUCAUUGAUUAUUGGGACAGUGAGCAACAAAACAGCCGCCCUGCAGCUGUUGCUCUAGGUCCGUUGAAGACAUCUCGAAACAAGUACAUUGAGAAGUGCAUUCACAGCGACUUACGCGAUCAGUUAUCAGCUCUCAGUGAUGGGGCCCUCUUUGUGCUUGGCUCGCCGAUGGUCGGUCGCCAGAAUCAACCUGAUCGGCUUGCAGCGAUUUCGAGAGCUGAUAAGCUUCUGCCGUAUUCCCGAUCUUUGUGGCUGUCCAACGUCAGUAAAGAUCCGGAGGUGAGGCAGAGGCUGACAGAGCUGGGGAAGCUCACAGACUUUGAGAUCUAUCACUUGGGUCGCGGAAAGAAGCAAAACAUUAACAAAUACAGGGAGAGGCUCAAUGCGCAGGAAGCCACGACUGAAAAGACACCUGUAGGGGAUGCAGAUCAGGGUAAGCCCGAUCGAGCUGUUCAAGAUGGCUCCAUCUUGGCUGGCAUUCGGGAUGCUCUUGAGGCAGAGGAGGAGGAGGACGGGCCCGUCGUGGUAGCAGUGCAAGAGGAUGUUGAAGAAAGGCUGACCGGCAACUGGGCCAAAUCUCUUCAGGGUAGAGCCGUUGGAGUUGCAGUCUCUGGUCAGCUACUGCGAAAUGGUCACCUCAAGUACAUCGCCAUCUGUGCAGAUUCGGAUGUGGAGCCUCUCGUUGUGGACGUCGAAUCACUAUCAGAGAAGCGUCCGACGGAGGCCCUCUUCAGCGAGCUGCUACUCCCACUCAAAGAGGUUCUGGAAAACCGGAACAUUGUGAAGGUUUGUCACGAUUGCCGUCCGCUGGCUGAUCUGCUGUUUGAGUACGACGUGCAGCUAGAGGCUUGCUUCGAUACCGUGGAGGAGAUGGCACGCACUUAUGACCACGAGCUCGAAAACGCACUCCGAGAACGAGCAGUGCUGCAAAAGCCCAAAACUCCUAGGGCCUAUGACAUCAUGGUGCAGGAGGCCGGCUCGUCAUCCGAGGCUGAGUCUGCCUGGAGCCCGGAGCUUCUCGCAGAGGUUGCGGAGGCACUCGUGAAGAUUUCAGAGGAGAUGUCUGGAGCCCUGGCGAACCAAGCCAGUCAAUUUCGAGAUGCUUGCCAAGCACGCACCGAGGAGCAGAGUACGAAGUCUUUGCAGGAGUUUCGGUCCUGGCCCGGACAGCACUUGGGCGCCUAUCCCCCAGGCUGCGAGCUCGAAUUCUGCUUCGUCAACGGGAAACUAUGCAUUGUUGGCAGUGCAGACCAGAACGAGGCUGACGUGAACACGGUCUCUGGAGGCAGCAGCGACAACGACGAAGAGUUCGAGAAACUCAUCACUUUGCUGCCUGAAGCUCAGCUGAAGAAGGUGCGCGAGUUCAUCAAUGGAUUGGAUGGGAGCAGUAACGUCGUGGAGAUCGUCCUGGGCGUCGGGCGGGACAUCGAGAUUCGCUGGCGUGCGCUCCUCGAAGGAGGCUUACGGAAAGCUGCGAUUGCCAACACCCCGAUCUCCCGUGAGCAUAUCGACGAAAUCGUCUGUGACCGAAUCGGCGAGGACCGCUUCAACCAGCAAAAUCGGGCAGGCAUCGAUCGCACUCUCCACAGGAUCUCUGUAAAUCGAAACGAGAACGGGUAUCCGGUCACCGUUACGAUGAGAGUGGGGAGGUCCUCGCGGAUGCUUGCUUCCGUGAUCGAGGACAUCAUCCAAGACGGAAGCUCUUUCUUGCUCUUGAGCCCGCCAGGGGUUGGCAAGACGACCCUGCUGCGUGCAUGCGCAGGAGACCUGUCGAGCGACCAGGUGGUCGUGAUUGUGGACCCCAGUGGCGAGAUCGCUGGCUCCGGGGACACGUGCCAUCCAGCUGUGGGAGAAGCUUGGAAAGAUGCCGCGCAUUCCGCAGAGAAGGUCGAUCGAAGUGAGGCGAGGCGCUUGGCCAUGGGCCGCGCCCUCGAAAACAUGGGGCCCCAAGUCAUCGUCGUGGAUGAGAUUGGCACGUUGGGGGAAGCCCGGGCGGCUCGGACCAUCGGGGAGCGUGGGGUGCAACUUGUUGCAACUGCGCAUGGGAGGACCCUGCGUGAUCUCGUCGCCAAUUCCGAGCUCAGAGAUCUCAUCGGCGGCCUCAAAUCGGCAACCCUUGGCGACAACAACGAGCGAUACCAGUCAGAAGGAAGGAAGAACAUCACCGAGCGGGGUGGCAAGCCUGUGUUCAAGAGGUUAGUGGAAAUCCGCAGCCCGAAUUGCCUUGUCGUUCAUCACGACUUGGCCUAUGCCGUCGACCAGUUGCUGAAGAAAGGCAAGCUCUUGGUGGAGGAGCGCACUUUGAACGCAUCGGGCGAGAUGAUGGUCAAAGUUCGCAACUUCUGA